AUGUCGAGAUUCUCAAUAGUGGACAGCACAAGAACCGUGUUCUUUCAUCCAAAGCGGCUUCUGUUCACUGCGCGGUACGAGCAGCUGUUAAAGAAGCAAAGGAAACAGAUUGAGAGAUGGAGUAAUAGCCAACAAGAGAUUGAUCUGACCUUUGAGUUGCCUGUUCCAGCGACAAUGCAUGUUGUGAAGGAGUUUUGUGGACUCAAUCUUGUCGAAAAAUACUUGGAAUGGAAAAUCCAGUAG